UACAACUACAUACAUCAAUGUUGCUAUACCUAAAAAUAUAAUAGUGGCAUAGUAACUUUGAACUCCGUGAUAUCGUUGAUUAAAUAUUUUUUUUUAUCUCUGUAAUUUGUUGUCUUGGAAUGAUAAAAGGUUUCACACUAUUUUCAUAGUGAAUUUCGGUUCUGGUUGUGUUUGUAUAUUAUGGCGCCGAUCCUGUAUAAGUUGGCAGCGAGCCCGCCGGCCUGCGCUGUGCGGAUGGUGGCUCACAUUAUUGGACUCAAACUCGAUUACAAGGAACCAGACAUCACCAAAAUGGAACAUAAAUCCCCUGAAUAUCUGAAGUUGAACCCGUUGGGAACAAUACCAGUGCUAGUGGACGAUGACUUCAUCCUAUCUGACAGUCAUGCGAUAAUGAUCUACCUGUUAUCUAAGUAUGGCGGUGCGCACAGCGAGCGUUUGUACCCAAGCGACAUCCGCACGCGAGCUACAGUCAACCAGGUGAUGUUCUUCGAUACUGGCAUACUGUUCGUCAGGAUAAAAGUUAUUGCUCUGCCAACAAUAAUGGAAGGUAUGAAGGCGCCUCCAGAGAAACAUCUGCGUGACUUGGAGGAGGCCUACGGUAUGGUGGAGGCCUACGCGUCGAAGUACAAGUACAUAGCUGCCGACCACCUGACCAUCGCAGACCUGUCUCUAGCGAUGACCAUGGGAGCCGCUCAGGUUCUGCACAAACUCGACCAUAAGAAGUUCCCCAAUACCUUAAACUGGCUGGGUCUGGUGGAGAAGGAACCCUACUUCAUACAAAUAGGAUUGCCCGGCAUCGCCAAGUUCAAUAAAGCCAUGCAAUACUACACUGCCAGAAAUAAUCAAUAAAUUUAUUUUAAAUUUAUAA